UGGUCACUUUCCCAGCAUAGUUCAUUUGACAAGUAAAACAGUGGUCCGCAAAAAAAGAAACCCCCGUGUGUUACCUUCAUCUGUACACUGCAAAGAUGUCCGAGGAGCGAUCUGAAAGAUCCGAUGGGAGGAUUGUAAAGAUGGAGAUCGACUACAGUUCAACUGUAGACCAGCGUCUCCCGGAAUGUGAAAAAAUGGCUAAAGAGGGCAAGUUGCAAGAGGCAAUUGAGAGCUUGUUGUCUUUGGAGAAGCAAACCAGAACAGCAUCAGACAUGGUAUCAACAUCCAGAAUCCUUGUGGCUGUGGUUCAGAUGUGUUAUGAAGCCAAGGACUGGGAUGCACUGAAUGAAAACAUCAUGCUACUCAGCAAGCGGAGGAGUCAGCUCAAACAGGCUGUUGCCAAAAUGGUCCAAGAAUGCUACAAGUAUGUGGAUGCUAUGACUGAUCUGACCAUCAAGCUGAGACUUAUCGACACACUUCGCACUGUGACUGCUGGCAAGAUCUAUGUCGAGAUCGAGCGUGCCAGGCUAACAAAGACCUUAGCGAAUAUCAAGGAACAGAAUGGAGAUGUCAAAGAGGCAGCUGCCAUUCUCCAGGAAUUGCAGGUGGAAACCUAUGGUUCUAUGGAGAAAAAGGAGAAGGUGGAGUUUAUAUUGGAACAGAUGAGACUUUGCAUUGCUGUCAAGGAUUACAUUCGCACCCAGAUCAUCAGUAAGAAGAUAAACACCAAGUUCUUCCAAGAGGAAGGUACUGAGGAGUUGAAGUUGAAGUACUACAACCUGAUGAUUCAGGUGGACCAGCAUGAGGGCUCCUACCUGUCUAUCUGCAAACACUACCGGGCCAUUUAUGAUACCCCUUGCAUCUUGGAGGACAGCAGCAAGUGGCAACAGGCCCUGAAGAGUGUGGUGCUCUAUGUGAUUCUCUCCCCCUAUGACAACGAGCAGUCAGACCUGGUGCACAGAAUCAGUGCAGAUAAGAAACUGGAAGAAAUCGCUAAAUACAAGGACCUUCUGAAACAGUUUACUACUAUGGAGUUGAUGCGCUGGGCCUCAUUGGUGGAGGAUUAUGGGAAGGAACUGAGAGAGGGCUCAUCCAACAGCCCCGCAACAGAUGUCUUCUCUUAUUCAGAGGAAGGGGAAAAAAGGUGGAAGGACCUGAAGAAUAGAGUGGUGGAGCAUAACAUCCGAAUAAUGGCCAAAUAUUACACCAGAAUCACAAUGAAAAGGAUGGCUGAUCUCCUUGACCUCUCUGUUGAUGAAUCAGAGGAGUUCCUCUCCAGCCUAGUUGUAAACAAGACCAUCUAUGCCAAGGUUGACCGGCUGGCUGGCAUCAUCAACUUUCAGAGGCCCAAAGACCCAAAUGACCUGCUCAACGACUGGUCACACAAACUCAACUCGCUUAUGUCGCUGGUCAACAAGACCACACAUCUCAUUGCCAAGGAGGAAAUGAUUCAUAACCUGCAGUGAAAGAAGAACAAAGUGCUUUAUUUUAUAUUUUGAUUCACUUUUUUUUUUUUUUUUUUUUUUCCCCCCCUUCUGUGAAAAUGUUUUUGACUACAAUAUAUUGGCAGACUGAAAGCAGUCUUAAUUCCACAGUCAUAGAAUUGGCAAAAAGGUCUCCAACACACAUAAACAUGCAAGCAACUAUCUUUUGCACCUCUCUCCCAGCGUCAUGUAAGACUGGCUCUUCAAACAUGUUACACGUUCCCAUUUGAUGUAAUAUAUACAAUAGCUUAGCCUCUGUUUCUUUAUAAAAGCAUGGUUUUCAAUGUAUGCCUAGCAAUGUAAACAAUAAACUCCUGACAUUUGGUUUAACAGUUA